CCCGUUUUCUCUUGGAGUAGUCACAGCCCUCCUCCCGGGAUGGCGGACCCUGGGGACGGCAAGAUGGCGUCGCCGGCUCCCCUGAAGGAGAAGAGGCUCAUGGAGGUGAGAGUCGGCGAGCUGCCCCGCUGGCUGCUCCUGCGGGACUUGAGCCCCAGCGGCGUCGCGGGCGCCUUCCGGAGAGGCUACGAGCGCUACCACAGCAAGUACAUCGACGUGCGCAAGGGCAGCGUGUCGGGCGUCACCAUGGUGCUGGCGGCCUACGUGCUCUUCAGCUACUGCCUGUCCUACAAGGAGCUCAAGCACGAGCGCUGGCGGAAGUACCACUGAGGAGGGCAGCGGCGACACGGCUGCCCACCCACCCACCAGAGGACCCGGC